UUAUGUAAGCGGCGUGGCGCGCGAUGGUGCGGUGGCUGGUGGUGCUCAUGCUGGUCACACUGCUCGCCGGCGCCAAGCUCCAGGACUUCUCCGCGCUGCUGCCGCCCAUCCUCAACGCCAGGCUGGAUGAGCUGGUCCGCGCCGCUAGUGAUACUUGUAUGUUAAGAGGUGACGCUCUCCCUGUGGACAUCCUCUUCUCACGGCAGUACACCGUGGAGUCUCCGAACCUAAACAUCGUAGAAUUUACCAGGCACGGGCAGCGCUCCUACCGCGUCACGAAGGCACAUCUCAAGACUGGCGCCGACGCCUCCCAACUCGUGGUGUACGUACCAGGCUGGUGGAACACCCCCUCAGACGAGUCCACGCAGGCGAUCGUCAAAGCCCUGCUUACAAAACAUCCAAUAAUCUUAGUUUUAGACACACAACUUGCCUUCUGUCGCGGUUAUGUCUCCUCUGCAUCCAGAGUCAAGUCAUUAGCGCAGGCCCUCUAUAGUUUCUUAAAGAAACUCAAUCAAAACGGCUAUCCUCUACCUUCGGCGCAUCUUAUAGGAUUCAGUCUGGGCGCCCAUGUCGUCGGAAUAGUGGGGAAGAUGGUCCGGAACAAGUUGGAUACUAGAAUUGGUCGGAUAACUGCCCUGGAUCCAGCCAAACCUUGUUUCAGCAAGACGAAGUACCGUAUAGACGUCAAUGACGCUGUCUUCACACAGGUGGUGCACUCAAGUCCUGGUGUUUUGGGCGUAGAAGAGCCAGUAGGACAUGUGGAUGUGUAUUUAAAUGGUAUAAGGCCUCAGCCCGAGUGUAUGAAUGUUACAGUGACUCUGGAAUGUGAUCAUUCUCAAGCUUGGAGAGCGUACACGAAGUCAGUAUUAAACAAAACCGCUCUAGUGGGGCGCGAGUGCUCGGAUUGGGGACCGUUGGUUGAUGACAAGUGUGAUGGAAGGGAGGCUGUAGUGGGGUAUGGUGUCAGUUCUACAUUGCGUGGGAUUUACGUAGUUAAAACGGUUCAGGGUAAUAUCGUCGAACCAGCAAUUCAAUUGAGAGUGUUUAAUCCGUUUGAUAUUCAUACAUGGUGGUAAUAGUUUAAAUAACGCCAUCUAUCGGCAAAAUUUCAAAACAUUACAAAAUAUUACUAUAAUAUUCCAAAUUUAGAAUUCCAAAGAUAUUUUUAGCAUGUUUAUUGUAUACUCAGUACGUAAAGUGAUUCUUGAGGAUGCAUUAUAUUAUCUGUUAUUGAUUUGUAGAUCUUUUGCAUAAUACAUGCAGUAUAUUAAUAAAUAGUUCGUAAAUAUUGAAGUAUAAAACAAAUAAUAAUGAUUAUGAAGAAGCAAUUUUGCCAUUCCCUUACAUUCAUUUCUAAAAUGUGUAACUAAUUUUAAGAUGAAGUUUUAGAAUAAGCGUAUUCUUAUUUUGUAAUACCUAUUAUAAGUAAAGAAUUAUGUAAAAAGAAAAAAAUUAUCGAAAAUAUUAAUACCAAUAGAAAUUUUGAAUGGAUUCAGCGGUUAUGUUGCAGGCAUAGUAAAUAUUUAUACACAUCUAAGUAUGGGUAUGUAAGAAUAAUACGAAUUUAAAUUCCAAUAUUGUAUGCGCCCAAAAUCCUUUUAGAAAAAAAUCUCAUUCUGUUCAUAUAUGACCGAAGCAGCGAAGGUAUUUAGAAAGACAGAAAACGCAAAUGCGAGUGUCGAAGUCCUUGGCGUAACAAUAUUUAAGAACAAUUAGCACAUCACUACAUUAAAUGAAUUUAAAGGUUAGAGUAUCAAAGUAAGCAAUUAAUAUCACCUUGUGUGGUUUUAACAUGACUUAGCAAGUUUUGCGGCUACUCUUGACAGAAAAGUAUGCGAACGAAUUGUCACUAUGGAAUGAUGCUUAUAAAGAUUUUUAAUAUUUUUUUAUAGAACUAUUUGUAUAUAUUAGUUACAUAAUAAAAUUAAAACAUGGUUUUUCAGAAUUCCAUUUUUUUUGUUUGAUUAUAUUGCCAUCUAACGGUAGUAUAACAAAAUAAAUAGUUUAUAGGUGUGUCAAACCUUUCAUCACAUAGUUACCGCGCAGUACCAUAGAUGGCGUUGUUAAAAGUCUAUCUUCAUAAUAAUGUAGUAACUUUUGUAUCGUAACAUUUUUCUUAUAUUAUGGUCUAAUAAAAAUACUUUACAAUUAUAAGUAUAUAUGUAUGUAAUCAAAAAAGGAAAUUGUUUAGCUAAAAUUAACAUUGUUUCAAAAAAUAUAAUUAAGAGAAAUUACCUA